AUGUCUCCUGACUCUCCUUAUCACAGGAUUUUAGCGGAAUUUCCUGAACUUACUCGAUUUGCUCCUCUUUCUUCGGUGAAGUCUUAUGGAAUUGAACAUCGUAUCAUCACGGAAGGAUCUCCUAAAUUUUCAGUUCCCAGAAGACUUUCUCCGGAAAAACUCAAGUUUGCCACGGAGGAAUUCAAGUUUAUGAUGGAACAAGGAAUUUGUAGACCUUCGAGUAGUACUUGGGCAGCCCCUUUACAUAUGGUUCCCAAAUCGGAAAAUGUUUGUAGACUUUGUGGUGAUUAUCGUGCAUUAAAUUCGGCUACCAUUCCUGAUCGUUACCCACUGCCUCAUAUUCAAGAUUUUACUUCUGGGCUUUAUGGUAAGAAUAUCUUCUCCAAGAUUGACUUAGUAAAAGCGUACUAUCAAGUACCCGUCGCCAAAGAGGAUAUUCACAAGACCGCCGUUACCACACCUUUUGGACUUUUUGAAUUUUUAGUCAUGCCUUUUGGUCUUCGUAACGCAGCUCAAACUUUUCAAAGAUUAAUGAACUCACUGGUCAGUGAUUUAGAUUUUGUUUUUUGCUAUCUUGACGACAUUCUUAUAGCUUCCAAAAAUGAACAAGAACAUAUUGCCCAUUUGCGCAUUAUUUUUAAUCGUUUAUUACAAGCGGAAUGCAAGUUAAAUUCUGUAGCCGAUGCUCUUUCAAGAAUUGAAUCAGUUUCAAUGCCAAUUAUAGUUUCUCUUGAUGAGUUAGCUGAUUAUCAAAAAGAAGAUGAAGAACUUCAGGACUUACUUUCUUCGAACUCUUCUCUUCAGUUAAGGAAUUUAUUCUUUCUGGUUCAACUUAUUCUUUCUGGUUCAACUUCUCCUAUUUAUUGUGAUUGUUCCUCUGAACUAAUUCGUCCUUAUGUGCCUAAAUCUCUUCGCAAGAGGAUUUUCGAUGUUGUUCAUGGUCUUGCUGAUCCCAGUGGUAGAUCAACAGCUAAACAACUUUUGCAUAAAUUUAUUUGGCCAUCUUUAAAAAAGGAUGUUAAAGAAUGGACUCGUAUGUGUCUACCUUGUCAACGUUCCAAGAUUUCAAGACACACGAAGAAUGUUCCUGUUAGAAUCGCGAUUCCGGAUCAACGUUUUCAACAUGUCCACUUAGACUUGAUUGGUCCUCUUCCAUCUUGUCAAGAUUUUCGUUAUUGCCUCACGAUUAUUGAUCGUUUUUCACGUUGGUCUGAAGCUAUCCCUCUUAAAGAAAUCUCUGCUGACACUGUUUCUACAGCUUUUUAUACUCAUUGGGUAGCUAGAUACGGUUCUCCCUUAACCAUCACCACGGAUCAAGGAUCGCAGUUUGAAGCAUCUCUUUUCAAGGCUUUAACCAAUUUGAUUGGUUGUGACAGGAAAAGAACUUCGGCUUAUCAUCCUGCUUCAAAUGGCAUUUUGGAAAGGUGGCAUAGGACUGUCAAGACUGCCAUUAUAUGUCAUCAGACGAAGAAUUGGCUAGAGUCUCUUCCUUCGGUUCUUCUGGGUCUUCGUUCGUGUUUUAAAGAAGAUUUAAAAGCUUCACCUGCGGAACUACUCUAUGGAACUACUCUUCGGAUUCCUGGAGAAUUUUUUAUUGAAGAGGAUUUUCCUGCGGAUCCUGAAAUCUUUUUAGAAAAACACAGAAUUCAUAUGAGGAAUGUUAGAUCUUCACCAACCAGUCAUCACAUCAAGAAAUCUCCUUUUGUACAUAAAAAUCUUUGUGAUUGUACUCACGUUUGGAUUCGUGAUGAUGCUGUCAAGAAAUCUCUUCAACCUCCUUAUUCUGGGUAA